CACACUGAAGCGGCAAACCAAUAAAAGUGUAAGAUAAUUCGUUGGAUAAGAUAGAAAAUCGAAAAGAACGAAGAGACUUUAAUACUAAUUGUCAGUGGAAAUACUAAAAAAUGGAAAAGUAAAGCAGAUAAAGUUCAUCGUUAACUACACACCGACGAAAUGAGCAGAGUAAGAAGUAUGUUAAUGAGUGCUGCUGCAAUUACGGCGGCCGUCAUAGUAGGGUAUAAAGUUAUUAAAUCUAGAAAAAUAAAAAAUGGCGCGAUAUUGGCAAAGAGGUUCCUACUUUACAAUCUUCAAAUUGGAAGACAGUUGUUACAGUAGUUGAUUUAGGGAUAUUUCCAGUGAAAUCGAGUCACAUGAAAUUUUAUUCUGGAUCAUUUAAAUUUCGCGAUUAUGGAAUGUGUGUACACGAUAUGGAGACAUAUAUUUGGAACGGUAUAUAACAAAACAGAAGGUGAAUUUGAAGAUAGCAGAAAAUACCCUUCAUUGGAAUCAUUGUGUGUAAAGUUCACAAACCCUGGCGAAUUAACAUUAAGCAGCGUCAUAUCAUCCAAUACAGUAACAAUGAAUAUAAAUCGAGAUCGCAAUCCUUUCAAUCAAUUUCUGAAGGAGGUAUGGAAUAAAACUUUAGGAACAUUUUAUAGUUCAGAUCUAAACGUUAAUACAUGGUUAAAAAACUGGAUAUGUGAGGAGACAAAUGAGGAUGUAAUUUUGGCUCAUAUGCUUCCACGUAACUGGUAUUCGACAGAAAGGAUAAAAAACAAUUGGUUCCAUUUUGUUGAUGGGUACGAAGCUAUGGAAGAAGAUAAAACGGGAAAAUUCAUAACUUUACCACGUUUCGAACUGAUGACAUUAAAGACGCAAUUAGAGGUACUUGAAAACGAUAGAUAUGUGACGCCAAAUAUUUUAGUUAACACUGACGAUGAAUCGAUAAAUCCUUUUAUAGAGAAAACCUGGGAUUGGAUAAAAAUCGGUGACGAUGUAAUUCUCAGAAAGGUCAAACCAGUUCCGAGCGCUAAUAAAACAAUCCAACAUUGUGGAAUUUAUUGUGCCUUAUGGUCUGGUGGGAACGUAAAGGUAGACGAUGAAAUAUAUAUUUACUAUUCUGAUAUAUAACACAAGUGUAAAAAGAAUAUUGUUUGAACAAAUACUGUUUCGUUGUCAUAAUAAGGAUUUGACGUUUGAGCUAAUUUUACUUUAUUGACUUUUAUACAAAUAUGUAUAGAUAAAUAAUUUAGUGCCUUCAAUGUCCGUAAAUGAUACACAAAAAUGGAUAUUUUACCGAUAUUAACAUUAUUUUAUUCUUUCUAGUGAUUCAUAACAUUUAAUUUUCUC